UUAUUAGACACCAUGUCCAGGUUCAGCGUCUUCUCAGCUGGAGGAAGGCUGAGAAUUGAAGGCUGAAGGCAGCUUCUAGUGAAGCUGCCAACCACCUGUGAGGAUCCUUGUCCGACAGGACACUUCUGAGGAACAUGACUGCCGCUUACAUGAGGACCACAGCUGAAUCAACUUCAAAACUAGUGCCCUGGGUCUCCCACGCAGAAACAGAGGAAUGCAUGUGAUUGGUCUACCUUGGCUAACCGUGCUUCCUAACUUGUUUGUGCAUGAGCAGCUUGAAAACACCGGGGAUCAUGAAACUGCAGUUUCAAGUCACACAAUGUCGUUCAACUUUUAAUGUUCUCAGGUUUGAACUCAGAAAGUGUUUUCCAAAUUCACAUGGCAGUGGAUUGUUUGCAACUUGUGAUUUCUGUUACAAAACAUAUUUGGAGUGCGUUUAUUCCAUAUAUGGCGUCUUUAAGAGGCUAAAGUAUUUCAGUCGAGAGGCACUUCAAGAUGGGACUGACAUAAGGAAUACUGGGCAGAGAUGGUUUCUGGCCCCUUUUCUGGAAAAAGGAAAAGCAAUUCCUUGUUCUUUUUCACCUUUUAUUGUUUCUUUUAGAAAUCCAGUGGGAAUAUGAAGCUAUCACCAAAAUAGUUCAUUGAGGCACCUUGUAGCUAUGUUUCAUUAAUGGUGCCAUAAAUGUUAUAGAAAAACAUUGCACAGAGAGGUGACCACAGUGCCAUUUGGAGCACUAGAACAGCAGAAUGGGGCUGCAAGAUGUUUAAAAAUGAAAUUAAAACAGAAGAUAAAGAAGCUAUCAAGGUAAAAUUUAUCUGUGAACACCUGAAAUAAUAAGUGCUUAUGCUAAGCCUCUUUGGCCUCUGUGUCUAAUUGUCAGAGAAAGGUAUGGAUGAUGCAUCCUAAAUAAUUUAGGCACUUGCACAUUUUAGGAUGAUGUCUUCAUUGCCUGAAUCCAUGACUGCCGUAGAGAAGAUGCCUAUUUUGAGACUGCUCGGGUGAAAUGCAGCCUUCAAACUUUGCUUUUGGGAAACCUUAGCAGGGUUAGGUGGUAGCUUAUUGCUGUUGUCUGGAUGAUUAAUUUUCACAUUAACCAGUCAAAACUGAAGCAGAAAUGCAAGACAAUAAGGUAGUUACCUUGUUUAAUUUGUUCUGUAGGACUAAAUGUUGGCUUUCUGUCCAGAUAGAUCAUUGGGAAGACUUUAAGUGACCUCAGCUGGCUGAAGUGAGGGAAAUAGUUAAUUGGAAUAACAGCUGUGCCAUUUAAGUUAGCCCUGUCUCCAGUAAGCUUGCAGGUAAACACCCUAAAUUCCAGAGUUUCUGCUUGAUUAACCAGUGGUUUGCUUUUCAGUGUAAAAUGAACUAAGUAGAAACCAGUUAUUAAAAGCCUUGCAAAUUCUUUUCCAACCAUCCAGUACAAGGCUUCCUAUAUUUCCAUUUAGGUGAUAUCUAAAUAGGAAUUGAAUAGAUUUCUACUGGCACACUCCAAUGAUAUUCAAGGAGUAGGUGUAGCAAGCUGUAGGAACUAAGAAAUUAAGAAAAAUAUUGCCGUGCUGUCAAGAGUAGGUGUAGACAUUUUGUACCUGCUAAACUAAAAUGAUGGGCCUAACAUUUAAAAUAAUAUGCUGAUGUAACGCUCAAGAGGAGGGGUGAUUUAGGCAGACAAUGAUCUUUCCUCUGCUAUCCAGUUUCCCUGAUGCUAGAAGGAACUAAAUGCUUUGCAAUGCAAAUAGAGUGGCAAAUAAAGGAUGUGCGAAGGCGGGAUUCAGCUAAAAAAAAAUCCUUCACUUGAGCAACCCCAGGAGGCAGGAUGUGUUCUGCUCGCCCCGCCCGCUCCGGGCUGCUCUGCCGGGCCGCAGCAGGAGGUGCUCGGGAAUCCCCUUGUUCUGCAGGUUGUGUCGUUCGGUGUUCGUGCCCUUCAGCGUGGCCUGGAGGGGAGAACACGGCGACAGGGCUUCCAUCUUUAAGUUUGCUGUCUGCUGGCGUUUCUUUGAAAUGAGGAAGCAGAAUAGUGGCCAGCUGGCUCCCAAGUCUCCAGGAAUGCAACAUCCAAGAAAAGAUUAACUUUGAAAUCCGCAUGCGGGAAGGCAUCUGUAAACUGCUUACAGUGAGCACACAGAAAGACCAGCUUUUGCAAGCAGUUAAAAACUUGAUGGUCUGCAACGCUCGGAUACAUGCAUACAGGACAGAGCUGCAGAACCAAGUAGAAGAGCCUGUGUCAUGCAGAGCUGGAGGAUGGUUGUCAGAUAAUGGGACAAAGGACCGGAUGGCAUGUAGAGCAAAAGUUGCUCUCUCAGAUAUUCGAAUACCAUUAAUGUGGAAAGGCUCUGAUCACUUCAGCAAUAAAGAAAAAUCCCAGCGCUAUGCAGUGUUUUGUUUGUUCAGAAUGGGAGCUGAGGUUUUUGAUACAGAGGUGGCAAUUGUGGAUAAAGCAAUAACGGAUAUCUGUUUUGAAAAUGUAACCAUUUUUGAUGAAGCAGGACCAGACUUCCAGGUGAAGGUUGAAGUGUAUAGUUGCUGUACAGAGGAGUCUUUAUAUGUAGCAAACACUCCUAAGAAACUAGUGAAGAAACUUAAAACAUCCCUUAGCAAAGCUACAGGGAAGAAACUCAAAGCUACGCUGGAAGAAGACGGCACUGAAUCCAUUUUGUUCUCUGACCCUGUCAUCCAUGGAGCAAAGUACAGUUUACUGGCGUAUACCACUUUGGGGCUGGAGAGUGCUGAGGACAGUUUCAGGACACACAACCUUAACAUUACAGGAAAUGAGGAAUCUUCUUUUUGGCUCCCCCUGUAUGGAAACAUGUGCUGCCGUUUAGUUGCUCAGCCUUCCUGCAUGGCUAGAGAUAUGAUGGCAGGAUUUCUGAAUCAGCAGCAAAUGAUAGGAAAUCUAACCAGCUGGAGGAGGCUGUAUUGCGUACUGAGAGGUGGAAAGCUCUUUUGUUAUUACUCACCAGAAGAAAUUGAAGCUAAAGUGGAGCCCGCAUUGACAGUUUCCAUCAAUAAGGAAAAGUGUGACUUGGUGUAUGACUGUUCCAUUCCCUACAGUCCUUCAGCAAUGUUCCGGGAGGCUUUUGUUCUCAGCAAGGAAACCAGAAUUCGAUCUGUGGAUAAGGACUCCAAGAGAAGAACCAAUAACUUUUCUGUGAUCAACCCCGUGUCUGGAGAGGCUGUGACUCAACUUUUUGCUACUGACAGUAGGGAAGAGCUUCAUAAGUGGAUGGAGGCUUUCUGGCAGCACUUCUAUGAUCUGAGUUUCGGUAUGGUACCCCUUGCCACAGGGGAAUGUGCUCACCAGUCCAACCCAUUCAUGCAAAUACACACUGCCUACUGGAAACUGGUGACAGCUGUAACACGAUGCAAGAGAGGCCAGUGGAAACAUUGUUGUGAAGAACUUAUGAAAAUUGAGAUUAUGUCACCACGGAAACCACCUUUGUUCUUGACAAAAGAAGCGACCUCUGUCUACCAUGAUAUGAGCAUUGAUUCUCCAGUGAAACUUGAGGGCUUAGCUGAUAUCGUGCAAAGAAAAAUUGAAGAGAGUGAUGGCGAGUUCCUGCUUUGCCAGCAAAAAGAGCGUGCAUCUUCCUUAUGGGCUUCACUCUUUGAUGGAUCUCAUGAGGUGGUUGUUCAGAAAAACGUGCAUACUGCAAGUCCUAAUGAUGGCAGAGGGAAGAAAAGAAGAGCUCCACCUCCGCCCUCUGAUAAACCAGCGUACAGUGCAAAAGUACAUGGGAGCACAGAGGAAUCGGACAAGGAGAACUGGGAGAGGCCUGACGGCACAUCUUGGGGUAGUUCUUCAGAUUCAGUGUUAUCUGCGGAAACACAGCAGUUGCAGACACCCAUUGCUGCUCCUCGCAAAAUCUGUCCUUGUAGGAAAAACAGUUUGGCUGACCGUAGGAAUCCCAUUUCUUUCAUUAGUAAGACAGAGUCUGAAACCAAACCAGUACCAACCCCUAGACAGAAACGCAUCCCAGAAGCGCUAGAUCCUAGGUCGCGGUUGCAGCCACAGACUUAAUCAUUUUCAGCCUUACACUGUAACUUUUGAGUAAAAGUUGGUCUCAGCGUAUAGUUUCCAAGUAUUGAGGCUGAAGUCUGGAUGGCUGGUUGGUUUGUUGUUUUGUUUGUCUGUUUUUGGUCUUUUAUCCGGGACACUACUACUAGCUUCAUUAUUCAUUUACUCGUUAUUGCUAACAUCUAAAUAAUUGCACACAUAAUGGAGAACGGUUUAUCUCUAUCUCAAAUGAUGAUACUAUUUUUGAAACAAUGUUUCAGUACUUUUCCCUUGAAAAACUGGCAGUAUUCAGGGUAUCUUGGUGUCCCUGCUGCAGGGAUUUUACUGUGGCCUUCUACCAGUCCCUCAGCUGAUCCCAUCUGCAGCUCUUUAAACGAGUUCAAUGGGGAAUUUCACAGAUAUUCAACACCAGUCUCUCAAAACUGAUUUUCUUGGGCUCCAUGCUUGGCUUCACCUGAAAUAUUCCCAUAUCUCCCUCAAUGUUUAAGAACCACUGCUUAUAAGGUGAUGUGCUGCGAACAGUUACUGCACGCUUCUGAAUGGCUCUGUAUGAGUUUCUGAAGCAGUUCUACCAGUUUAACAGGGGAUCUCCGCGGUCCUUUGUGGCGCAUGCAGUGUCGGAAUGGACUGUGUUUGUCUGCACAGGAACAAGAAUGGAAUCCAUCACUAUGGUUUAUUUUGGACUAAUACAAACACGUCAAAGCGGUACUGCCAAUGAGUACCUAUUUGGGAUUUCUUUUUUUUUUUUUUUUUUUUUUCCUGAUGAAUGAGGCUCUGUAGCAUCACUUCUUCAUGGAAUUUUUCAGCUGUUCCUGGUAGAAAGCUGUUUGUAAAGGUGACAGCAUUACUGGUAAACAGGUUUUUUUUAUUCUUCCACUCAUCAUUUCUGAAAUAAGAGAAGAAAUUCUUCAGCUGAAAAUACUGAACUUUGAUGUUCUUAUAUCACUGUUCUCCAUUUCUGUAAAAAGCACGGGUUAUUACGGUUCCUAUGGCACCUGCAAAAUAUCUGUUUCAUGCAGAAAAGAUUCCUUUCUCCUGGAUCCACAGCUUAAAUAUCCAGCCCUUUCCUUGCUUGAUGCAUUUCUCUCAGAAGCUGGAACUUAGCCAAGAGCAAAGGUCUGCUUGCAGAUUUUCCUCUAGAGCCUUAGUAUUCAGACUUGUGUUGAGUCAUAUCAGCAACUGUAUACAUACACUUCAUUAAUUUUUUUUCGAAAGUACAGAUGGCUUUGGGAGCUUUACCAUUUCUCUGGAAGAUAUUGUGUGCAUGGUUGGUUGGUUUGUUUAUCUAUUUUUUUUUUUGUCUUCUGCUAAGCUCUUGGCUAUACGGUUGUAAAGGUAUCUGCUGGAUUUCCUCAUUAGUUCAUUGGCUGUUUGGGGUGGAAUUUGAUGGGCAAGUUUCAUUUACAAAUCCCUUUGUGGGAUUAGAACCCUCUGUUUCAAAAAUGUCAUUGUUCGUUCUUCAUUUAAUCACAUUCCAUUUUCCCUUGGAAACAACCAUUAUAAUUCUUACAACAAAUCAUGCUGUUACUUAAGUGGAUGGUUUGUGAAUGGUUUAUAAAUAGGAACAGAAAAACUGAAGAAUAACGACAUGAUUAUGUAAAUUAGACACAGUCAACUAAGUGGACUGUGCAACUCUGAACGAGAAAUAGGAAAAAUAAACAUAGGGGGAGAAAAAAAGGCUGCGUAUUUCCAAGGUGCAGCUGCAGUUUAUUUAGCUUUCAAUCUAGCAUUAAAUGUAACUCUCCUAUGAAAAGAAAGAAUAUCUUUUUUGUGGUAACCCCCUUCCACUUAGUUGCUAUAUUUCAAAAUAAUUCUCUUAAAUAUAUGAGGCAAGAAGGCAACAUAAUGAGAAUUCAUUUUUAAAUUCAACAGGCCAUUGAAUUUCAAUGAGCAGUUUCCCUGUUAAAUUCAGGAGCUUUGUUUUGAACUGCAACAUACAUAUUUUAGGCAGGCAUUUAAUAUUAAAUCCUUCAAGUGAUGAGCAUUCACCCCUCCCUCCUGUUGCAAUAGUUAAUUACUCCAGGUACAUUUUUCACUUGAUUUCUCUAUUUGCAUUUCUAGCUCCACCUUAAGUUAUUUUGGUCUUUUUAUGCCUUUGAUUGCUUAUAUUGAUCUCCGUAGUAUCAGCUUUUCUAAUUGCUUGUGUGUAGCUAUAAAUCACGAUUAUGUCCCUUUUAACCUUUUCUCUGAUGAGAUGUACUGAAUUCCUUAACUUUCCUAUGGCAGUGAACGUUAUCCAAGACUAAUUCAUCUUCACAUUCUUCUCUGUUCUCCUCACACAUUUAAAUAUUUUUGUGUGACCUCUGAAUUAGAUGCAACAUGUCAGUAGUGAUCCAGCAGGACUGUAUAGAGAGAUAAUGCGAUCUUACUCUGAUUAAUACCUCCCUACCCUAUUUCCACAAAAAUCCCAUUAUCCUUCUUUUUGCGGAAGCAUUACCUUGGAUGCUGACUUUUACGGCUCAGGUCCUCUUCAGAGUCUCUUUCUGGAAUGUGGUACUUCAUCCUCUUAUUAUCCUAACUUAUUUUUUCUUAGAAGUAUACACUGUAUUUUACCAGCCUUAAAAUACCGCUUAUGAAGCAAUCCAGAUUGCUGUGUAUAAGUGACCUGUCCUCAUUCUUUACUACUCCAGCAGUCUGCAUGUCCUUUGCAAAUUUAUUGCAAGUGAUUUUUACAGUUUCUUCCAGAUCAUUGAUUUUUAAAAUUGAAUGCAAGGCAAGGUUUGUAGAGAGAGGUGAUAAGUUUUUAUUAGAUCGGUGACAUGAAUGGGGGUGGGGAAAAGCAAACAGAUAGGCCAUUGAGUUCAUGUCUCUUUUUUUCCCCGAGCCUUUAAAAAUUGAAUAAGACGGGAAUUCCAGGGCAAACCUCCAUGCAUCCUGCUGAUUCCCUACUAAUACUGCAUUUUGAAAUGAGUUAUCUGUUUUCAACACAACAGUCUAUAUUGAUCUUCAUCUGUGACGGGUAUUUUAAAGAAAAUGACACGUUCAUCUGGUUUGCACCAGGUGCCUUAGGGUCCUAAGGAUAACACUUGUGUGCAGAUGUCGUUGUAAGCUGAGCUUACUGGAUCAAAGGGAAAAAUGCAGCGCGUUGUUGGAGACCUCUUCUCCGUGAGGCUGUGUUGAUUGACAUUACAAUCUAUCCUUGAGUUAGUCUCAUACCAUCCAUUUCGUUGCCUUGCCCUGAUCACCACUAAGCAAACGAGGCCAUUAAUUACCCUGAUCAUCCUUUUUCAGCACAAUAUUGUUCUUGCAGUCCUGCGAAAUGUCAUGACACUGCUGAGACUUGUUAAACUAAUUACACGUUUAGGCUCCUACAGCUGGAAAUGCUUCUGCUACCGAAUGUAGUUUCUGCUAUUUUAAGCAACCACUACAUAAUCCCUGUUAUGAAGCAUCAGAUGACUUCAGGUUUUAAUAUUUAUUGUACUUAGUCUUUUUUUUCUUUUUCCCCUCAUGUGUUGCCUUUUAUUACUGCCUUCGCAUCUUCUGUUCAGCAGGCUGCUUUCACUGAUUAAAAACUGCAGGCUACCAGCAAGCGUUGAUCUCAGCAAUACAGUAAAGUCGGUUGUAGGGAAUAGAUUUGUACUCUGCUUUCGUCUACUCAAAAGAAAAUAAAUAAAAGUAAUAAAGCCAGCAAAUUUUAGGAGUAUAAUUACAAGAUAUAUCUGUGAGGAAAACUUAAAUUUUUUUGGCUUUUCCGUGCAGUGACAAAUUACAACAUUUCAUUAUGACAUCGUUCCCCUUCUUACUGUUACAAGAUUUGUUCAGAAAUUAUUAGAACUUCUUCUUUUUUUUUUCCCUCAAGUGUUCCUGGCUAUAGUAAGGGUGAGUAUUCAGAACAGGUAGUCAAUAGCCGAGUCAUUUGAUUGGCAUCUAUAAACAAUGCAGAAAUAGGAAAUAAGUCACAAAGGAUGAAGGGCAGUCAGGCAGCCUCCUGCUGGGCUGAGGCUGGGUGAGACUGCACGAGGCCUGUGGCUUCUCCCAGCCCUUGCGGCCCCGUUGCUCACUGCUCACAGUUGUGCAGGCACACCAACGCGCUGCUGGCUUGCAGGGGAGCCUGCAGAAAAAUGGCGUUCUUGCAGAGACAUUGCACUGCUCGUGAACUGCUCCAACUGCCAAGUGUUGUGCAGGGAAGAAGUUGGUAGCUUUGUGCAUCUUGUUCAUCUGCUGCUUCUGAGCUGUGUGUGAUAUGGUACUUACUUACUUUUGUAAAGAACUCGUCAAGCUCACUCUGAAAAUUGUCCUGCUUGUUUUCUGCUGGAGUUGAUUGAUUCCUGCUUAAAAGCAAUUAAGCAGUGGGACUGCAGCCUUGAAGCAGGGUGCAGACAGUACCCAAUGUUUCUGUUACGAAGCACAGCUUAAAAGCUAGUCCAAGCUUGAAUGUCAAUUUCCCAGAGCACAAAUGACUUCUGCAGCACUGAUUGCACGAAGCCUCGAUUGAGCAACUUUUUAGAUGGUGCCUUGUGCCUUUUGCUGUUCACUUGGUCUUGCAAUGGUAGGCGGUACGUUCUGCAAUUUUAAAGACACUAGCUUAAAAUGUUUACAUUUUUACAUUCGUAAUUUUAUUUUUCUGUAGUAAUGAUUAUAAGUAGUUAUUUUUUAUGGUACUUUUUUUACAUAUCUGGAAAUACUGUCCUAGUAUUCAGAAUUGAUUUGUAAUUCAUGUAGAUUGCCUUAAUAGGAAAAUGUGGAAACUGAUGUAUUGUGAACUGUUGGAACAGGAAUUCUAACGUUGUGCUGCUAACAUACUGUAUUUCAAUUGAAAUUAAAAGUGUUUCUAGAGAAAAAGAGUUUCAGUGUAAUUUUCUUCAGUCCUGGAAUGACGUCAGACUUCCCUCUGUGGCUGGUGGCUGCUGUAAGAUCAGAGGACCCGGGGCUACCUUCGAAGAACUUGCAUCCUACUCUGCCUGCUGAGUGUGGCCUCGGGCUAGUGCUGGCAGCAGCGAAGAGCAUUGCUCUUGGUUUUGUUAACAGAAUGAAGAGAGGAAAAAGCAUUUGGCUGUGUGCAUUACUUGCUCAAGUGGUAGUCUGGUGGAGCCGGUAGAUUUGUGUGUGAGCUGCUGCUAUUACAAACACCAGCCUUUUUUUUUCCUUGCUUAGUGCAGGCUUGUAGCGACUCCUGUUCUCGCUGGACACAGCUCGCUGCGGUUCUGCUUGCUUAAAGCUAACUGUGCUGCUCCAGUGAAAUAUACUUUGAGCCUAAUUAUCGUACAAGAACUGUAAUAAACAUCGAGGGAGUUGUUAGACGUUUUAAUUGUAGAGUAUUUGACUGAUUUAUGAAUCCGUGAAAAAAAACAAAGUAUGAUUGAUAAGGGCAAGGCAAGCCAAUGCAGUUGAGCGUUUUAAUGAAGCUCGUGGUACAGCUAAUGCUGCAGUUUGCUUUAAGCGGUGGUAGAAAAAUAAGAUAUGAUGCUCUUGUCACAUACCCGUGCCAAAUGGCUAUAUUGUAAUCUUUCCAUAUAUCUAUUUAUAGAUUCACAGAAAAACCUGUUUGUGAGACAUCAAAAUAAAUUGCUUUUCAUAGUGAAAAAAACAAUCUUUCAACCUCUUGAUAUCAGGGUAGCUUUCUAAAUGUUCUUUGCAUACCUUUCCAAAGGGAGAAAAAUUAUAAUAACCAGUGAAGCAUAUUUCACUCCACUGGGGCUUGUCUUCAGAUUUCUGUAACUUCCACAGUGGUGACAAAAGAGUACUAAAAAUAGAGGAUUUUCUUUCCAGACUUCAAAAUUUGUAUAUUUUCUUUCUGAAAAGGAAGGAGCCAGUAACAUUCUCUCACCUGGGGCUGGGGUUUUUUUUUUGGCUUGUUUCAUCAUUGGCUAUGAGGGCGGUAGCAAAUAUAUCAAGAACAUCACAUUGUUUUUUUCACCCUGGAGGCAAAUGGUACCAGUCUUUUCCAUCUUCCUUUGGAUUAUAUGUUCAGUUUUCUAAUUAGUGUACAUUUCAAGAUUCCACACGUAUUUUGGUUAUUUGGUGCCCAGAGCUGAACACACUUCUAGCUCGGGGCUACUCUUGGGUUACAAGAACAUCACAUUUCACGUUGUAUUGUCUCCACCUUAGCUGCUCUUUCCACCUUAGUGAAAAACAAACGUCUCCAUCGAUCUACGGCUGGAAUCAACAGUUCUUAAAUAAAGACCUAAGGAAAGAUAAGGCUUUUCUAGCUCUGCUCGAGUGAACCUAACAUCUGACUUUCAAAUUUCUCAAUAGCAGGAAAAAUGUGAAACUGUCACAAGUAAGACGCUUUGUCCGUACAUUUGUUUUUCAGAUGGUAGCAGCUGCUGUACUUCCUUUGUUUUUGCAUGAUCAUUAUUCUUUAGUCCCUCAUGUCUGGAAAAUAAACUGAAAGCAACUUAAUGGAGCUUCUCAUGAUGUGAAUGUAUCAGCUGGAGUCACGAGAGCUGGCGUACAGAGCGGCCAGACUCAGCCUGUUGAGCCGGCUGGUAGGAAAAUCUGGUGCUGGAUACAGCUCCUUUGAUGAUACCGUGGGAAUGCUUUUUCUCUUGGCUGCCCCAAGGAAGUACGUAACGUGGAGAAGAAAGGGAUGGGAAUGAGCAUGGUGCGGACAUCUUUUCUCCUGUUGAUCCAAAUCUAAUCGCAGCAGAUUU